CGGCUGGGAUUUUGGGAAAGGAUCACAGUUCACAGCUGAGAUACCUCAGGAGUACAAUAGCUCUCUACAACUAAGUCAACAGUCAAAAUGUUUAAGGUUAUCGUCCUCCUUGUUUGUACGUUCCUGUACGUUGAAGCUCAAUAUGCUGUGCCUGCAGGUUAUGACUAUGGAAUCCCCAACCCCUACCAGUACAGCUACAGCUCCCCCGCCAUUGGCGGUCAAAGCUCCCACUCUGAAUCUGGAGAUGGCUCCGGACGAGUGACCGGAUCUUACUCCGUUGUCGAUGAAGACGGACGAUCCCGAACCGUCGAAUACGUCGCUGACGAAGGAGGUUUCAGAGCUAACAUCAUCACCAACGAACCCGGAACCAGCAACCAGGCCCCAGCUGAUGUGACCAUCUCUUCCAGCGCUGAUGACGGAUUCGGAGGACUCACCUAUGGUGGUGCUCCAGCUGCUGCUCCUUAUGGUGCUCCUUAUUAAGGUGGACUGUAGAUCUUGCAAUUUAAAAAUAUAUUCAGUACCUAGAAGCGGUAGCAGCAAUCUUCAGUUUCUCCAAAUUCUGCUUUAGGUGUACUGCGGUCUGCGCGUUGUCUCGUCGUCUUCUUACUCGUCGUAAUUGUAAAUUAAUUUAUAACGAACAGAAAUGGUCCAAGUUUUGUCUCAAUAGCCUAAGAACUAAAAAUUCUACAAUCAAUCAACUAACUCCCUUUGCGUUUCUGCUUGUUUCAGCGAAUUCUCCCCUUUGUACUGUCUACAGUGUCUCCGCUUGUUUCUUAGAACCAUUCUUUAAUAUCUGCAAUUCAAAGCCGAAGAAACUUUAUAUGGGACGAUUUUGAAAUAUCAAAAUAGUUCUCAGUCAAAAUUUUACCCUUAUUAUGAAAAACUGGCAACUUAAACGAACAAGUUGAAGAAGAAUGGUUUCCAUUCCCACCAAAGACUAUUUGUAUUUAUGUUCAUAAUAUUUUAAAGAUUGUUUUGUUUUGAAAAAAAGUUUGACUUACAGUAGAAAGUCAUUAUGCUUUUAUCCUUACGCAGCUAUGCAAUAUUGUACAACUUCUUUUGUUAGUGUUUGAUUUUCUCUGAUAAUUAUCUUUUAUUAAAGAUGAUUAAAGAUAAAUUAGAUGCUCCUUAAAUUAAGGUUAUGUAUUUUCAUUAAAUAAAAUAACAGAAAAAGUCAUUUGUAACCGUUUUUACCCGAUUGUGUAUUGCUUGGUGCUCUUAUUAAAUUGCAAUACAAAUUAAUUUAAAAAUAAGGCAGUUUUGGACUUUUAACCUUAUUUUGCUAUAAUUAGUUUAUUAGAAUAAUUCAUAAAGGAAUUCAAGGCCUAUCAAAAACCUAAUACGUACAUUUUAAAUAAUUAAAAAACUUAUUAACUUCUUUCAAAUUUAUGCAUUAGAAGCAAUGUAAAAGAAUUCUGAUAUUUGAAUAUUUAAGCAAGAAAUUCACUAAUUUGAAUCAUCUAAAAGAUCAUUAUAUGUAUGAAAACAUAAUUUUCAAAUUUAAUUUUUAAAAAAAUAUAAAACUGUCUUAUUAAAUAACAAACGUGUACAAAUACUUAUUCAAGUGAAUCUUUUGCAAUAUGUAAUGAUAUUUCUUUUAAAAUCUUUUGUUCUUCCUUGUUCUUAAAAAUGUUUGUAAAUGUUUCUGAUUUCUGCUACUUUGUCUUUCAGCUUUUUGUAAAUUUUAUUUGUGUUGUCUUCUAUUGUUUUGCUACUCGCUAUGUUGUUGCCUGAAAAGUUUUGUGUUUUUGGAUUUGUACUAAACUGGAUUUGAAUAAAUU